GGAAGAAGUGGACAAACCGAAAGCGUUAAAAGAGCUCACCUCGUGUUCCUGCUGCACAAGAGCGUCUGUACUUCUGUAGGUGAUGGUCAGCGGCUGAUUGUGCUCAAAGCUCUGCUAAUGUCUGCAUUGGUGUUUUAGCUGCAGUAUGGCAGAGGAGCGAGUAAAGGACUCUCUCUCAGAGAAACACAGUGUGAGAUCAGGAUCAUGUGUGUCUCUGAAGAGUGACCAGUCUAAAGGGCUUUCACUAGAGUUCAGAGAGAAAACCCCAUCAUCUGCCAUCAGUGUGAGAUCAGGAUCAUGUGUGUCCAGCUCUGUGUCUCUGAAGAGUGACCGGUCUAAAGGUCAUCCUCCAGACCUCAGUGAGAAAACACCAUCAUCAGUCAAAAGUGUGAGAUCAGGAUCAUGUGUGUCCAGCUCUGUGUCUCUGAAGAGUGACUGCUCAAAAGAUGGUCAGCAACCAAACUUCAGUGAGCAAACACCAUCUUCUGCUAAAAGUGUUGAAAAUGAGUUAGCAGAUUCAAGAGACGAGACUCACAGGAGCCACAAGAGUUUCACAGACAAUCUCCUGUGGAUCUUCCAGAAUCUUGAGAGCAAAAUAAUCCUAUUUCUGAAGAAUGAACUGGAAAAGUUUAAGAAAAUCUUACAAGCAGAAAACAGACAAGACUUUGUAAAGGAGUUUAAUGAGAACAGAUGCAGUAUCACAGAAGCAGCUCUUGAUCUCACACUCUUCUUCCUGAGAGAGAUGAAGCAAGAUCAAGUUGCUGAUACUCUUGAGGAUGAGCUCAUAUUUAUUCAUCAGCUUAAAUGUAGCCUCAAGAAGAAAUAUCAAAGUGUGUUUGAAGGAAUUGCUCAGCAAGGAGACUCCACACUUCUGAAUAACAUCUACACAGAUCUCUAUAUCACUCAGGGUGCGAGUGAACAGGUCAACACUGAACAUGAGAUCAGACAGAUUGAAGCUGCUUCCAGACGUCAUCAGUCACUAGAGAUACAGGUUGAAUGCAAACAUUUGUUUGAAGCACCUGAACAAGAUGAGCAGAUUAGAACUGUCCUGACAAAAGGAGUUGCUGGCAUCGGCAAAUCAGUCUCUGUGCAGAAGUUUGUUCUGGAUUGGGCUGAAGGAAGAGAAAAUCAAGACAUCAGCUUCAUAUUUCCUCUUCCAUUCAGAGAGAUGAACUUAAAGGAGAAAGAAAGUCAAAGUUUAAAAGACCUCAUAACUCAGUUUUUCCCAGAGACUAAAGGACUGAACCUUACAAGAAGCACACGAUUCAAAGUCCUGUUCAUCCUUGAUGGAUUGGAUGAAUGUCGUCUUCCUCUGAACUUUGCUGGUAAUGAGACAUGUCGUGAUGUAUCUUCAGCAGUCUCUCUGGAUGUUCUCCUGACAAACCUCAUCAAGGGACAUCUGCUUCUUUCUGCUCUCAUCUGGAUCACCAGCAGACCAACAGCUGCCAGUAAGAUACCUGCUGACUGUAUCGACCGGCUGACAGAGAUACGAGGAUUCAAUGAUGCCCAAAAGGAGGAGUACUUCAGAAAGAGACUCACAGAUCAGAAUCAGGCCAGAGAAAUCAUUGAUCACAUUAAACAGUCAAAGAGUCUCUUUAUUAUGUGCCACAUCCCAGUCUUCUGCUGGAUUUCAGCCACUGUUCUCCAGAAUAUUUUGAAGGAGAACAGAAAUACUGAACUGAAACACAGGGCUAAUGCUGAAACACUGCAGGAAUCUCCCAAGACUCUGACACAGAUGUACACACACUUUCUCCGCUUUCAGAUCCAGCAGAGCAGAAGAAAGUAUGAUGGAGAAAACACACCAGAUGUUUCCUGGGAUUCAAACCUCAUCCUUUCACUGGGGAAACUGGCCUUUCAGCAGCUGGAAAGAAACAAUGUGAUCUUCUAUGAGAGCAAUCUGAAAGACUGUGGCAUUGACGUCUAUAAGGCAUCGGUGUACUCAGGCAUGUGUACCCAGAUCUUUAAGGAGGAGACGGGAAUCAUUCUUGGUACCAUGUACUGCUUUCUUCACUUGAGCAUUCAGGAGUUCAUUGCAGCCCUUUAUCAACAUCUGUUUAUCGACAGCGACAAGAAGCAUGGAUGGUUUUUUAUACAGAUAAGCAAAACUAAAUGUAUGAUUGAUUUGCUGAAGACUGCAGUAGACAAGGCUUUAGAAAGUGAGAACGGACAUCUGGACCUUUACCUUCGCUUCCUUCUCGGUCUGUCACUCCAGUCCAAUCGACAACUCUUACAAGGCCUGUUGACACAGCAGGAUGACAGAGACCAGAGCAAAGAAGAAAUAAUCGCAUACAUCAAGCAGAAACUUGAAGGAAAUCUGCCUCCAGAGAGAUCCAUCAAUCUGUUCUACUGUCUGAAUGAACUGAAUGACCAAACUCUGCUGAAAGAGAUUCAGUGUCACCUUAGUAGAGGAAGUCUGUCAUCUGCUGACCUUUCACCUGCCCAGUGGUCUGCUCUGGUCUUUGUGUUGUUGACCUCAGAGGAAGAGCUGGAGGAGUUUGAGCUUCAGAAAUUCCAGAGAUCAGACGAGUGUCUCAUCAGACUAUCAGCAGUCAUCAAAUCCUCCAAAAGAGCUCUGCUACAGAGCUGUAAUCUCACUGUUAGGUCCUGUGAGAGUUUGUCUUCAGCUCUACAAUCCUCAAACUGUGUCCUGAGAGAGCUGGACCUGAGUAACAAUGACCUGCAGGAUUCAGGAGUGAAGCUUCUCUCUGAUGGACUGAAGAGUCCAGACUGUAAACUGGAGACACUGAGAUUGUCUGGCUGUAUGGUGACAGAGGAAGGCUGUGGUUUGUCUUCAGCUCUGACUUCAAACCCCUCACACCUGAGAGAGCUGGAUCUGAGCUACAAUCAUCCAGGAGAUUCAGGAGUCAAGCUGCUCUCUGAACAACUGGAGGAUCCAAACUACACACUGGACAAACUCAAUCUGGAUCAUGGAGGAGACGCGAGGAUUACAGCAGGACCGCACAAAUAUGUCUGUUUCCUCACACUGGAUCCAAACACAGCACACACUUGGCUCAUUCUGUCUGAGGAGAACAGAGAGGUGAAGUGUGUGUUAAAGAAUCAGCCGUAUCCUAAUCAUCCAGACAGAUUUGAUGGUCAUCCUCAGGUGUUGUGCAGAGAGAGUGUGUGUGGACGCUGUUACUGGGAGACUGACUGGAGUGGAGAUGCUGUGUGUAUAUCAGUGUCAUAUAAGAGCAUCAGGAGGAAGGGAGGAGGUGCUGAGUGUUGGUUUGGAUCUAAUGCUCAGUCCUGGGGUUUGCUCUGCUUUUCCUCCAGUUUCUCAUUCAGACACAAUAACACAGAGACUCGUCUCCCAGUGAAGCGGCUCAGCAGGAGAAUAGGAGUGUUUGUGGAUCACAGUGCAGGAACUCUGAUCUUCUACAACAUCUAUAGAGACACAAUGAGCCUCAUCCACUCAGUCCAGACCACAUUCACUGAGCCGCUCUGCCCUGGGUUUGGGCUUUAUCCUGGAUCAUCAGUGAAACUGAGCUGAAGACUGACGAGAGAUUUACCCACAAUCCUCUGCAGGAGCAGUGUGUGUGUGUGUGUGUGUGUGUGUGUGUGUGUGUGCGUGUGUGUGUGUGAGAGAGAGAGAGAGAGAGAGAGAGAGAGUGUGUUUGUGUGUCUGUGAGAGUGAGAGAGAGAGUGUGUGUGUUUGUGUGUGUGUGUGUCUGUGAGACCCAAUGCAAGUUAUCCCAAAAAAAAUUGACCAAAAGGCCUUGGAGUUCUGUUAAUAAUUGUGAAGCAGGAUCUAAACAGGCCAGCCUAUGCCAGAGACUGGAAGCUGCUAAAUUAUUCACUAUUAAAACCCUUCCUUUAUACGACAUUUUGGGUAUUAACCAUUUCCAUUUAUUAAGUCUACCCUUUAUAUUAUCCACAACCCCUUCCCAGUUUUUCUGAGUGAAACUUUCAUCACCCAAAUACACUCCUAAAUAUUUAAAACCACUUGUUCCCCAGAUCAAGCCCUCAGGAAGGUUUGGCCUAUCUUUUAACCAAUUACCAAUUAAAAUUGCUUCACUUUUAUUCCAGUUAAUUUUUGCUGAUGACAAACUUUUAAAUUCCUUUAAGACUUCCAUUAAAACUUGCACAUCAUUCUGCUUGUCAACAAAAACCACUACAUCAUCAGCAUAGGCAGAAAGUGUGACAUUAUUUUUACAUCCAGGUAAAUUCAACCCACAAACUUUUUUUCUUAAUUGUUGUAACAAAGGUUCAAUGGCAAGUGAAUACAACAUUCCAGAUAAUGAGCAACCUUGUCUUAUACCCCUACAGACCUUAAAAGGAGCGCAUAAGCCACCGUUUAUUUUCAGCACACUUUCAACAUCACCAUAAAGUACUUUUACUUUAUCAAUAAAAUCUUGACAAAUACCAAAAGCUUCUAAUGUUCUCCACAAAUAAGGGUGCUCAACCCUAUCAAAAGCUUUUUCAUGAUCUAACGAUAUAAGACCAAUUUUUAUAUUAAGCAACUUGGAGACAUCAAAAAUAUCCCGCAUAAGGGUAAUAUUAUCAAAAAUUGACCUCCCGGGGACACAAUAAGUCUGAUCUGGAUGCACCACUAAAUCUAUUACUUUAGUUAACCUGUUAGCUAACACUUUUGAUAACAAUUUAUAGUCAGCACAUGAAAGUGAGACAGGGCGCCAAUUUUUCAUUUCUAAAAGGUCUCCUUUUUUGGGAAGGAGUGUGAUGACCGCUCUACGACUACUCAAUGGAAGCCUGCCUGAUGCUAAACUGUCAUUAAGCACCUGCAAGAGGUCAUCACCCACCUCGGUCCAAAAAAAUUUAUAAAAAUCACCUGGAAGACCGUCAAUUCCUGGUACUUUGCCAGAUUCCAUUUUUUGUAAUGCUUUAUACAACUCUUCCAUUCUUAAAACACCAGAGAUCUCAUCAUUUGCCUCCUCAGUCAUUUGAUUCAAACCUCUGAAAAAAGCACUCUCUGAGUCCCACUCUGCAUCCAACUCAUUCUUAUACAAAUUUUCAUAAAAACUGUUUGCUCUAUUACGUAUUUCUUCAGGUCUAAUUAAAAUUUCCGCUAUCUCAGAGCGUAACGCAUGUAAAAUACGUUUUUGGCCAUUUUUUUUUUUCAAGAUUAAAAAAAUAUUUAGAUGGUGCAUCCAUUUGUUCAAUUCUUAAAAAACGUGAACGAAUUAAAGCCCCUUGUGUUUUCAACCCCAGUAGGUCUGCCAACUGAGUUUUUCUAUUUGAAAUUGUUUCUAUACAAUUAUGAUUGUUUGUUGAAUCAGCCAGAAUCUGCAAAUUGAUUAUCUCUGUCUCCAAGGCUUUCAUGGAACUAUUUAACUCUUUGGUGACAUUACGAGUGUACUGUUGACACAGUUGUUUGAUUUGGACCUUCCCAAAAUCCCACCAUUGAUUUAAAUCUCGAAAUGAAUCCUUUGUUUUUCUAAAAUCUUCCCCAAAAAACGUAAAAACUUCCUUAAAAUCCUUAUUGCAUAGUAGAUUGGUGUUGAAGUGCCAAUAUGCACUGCAAGGCUUAACUUCAUUUAAUAAGAAGGAACAUAAAACCAUAUGGUGAUCAGAGAAACUGACUGGAGAAAUGAUGCAGCUUUUAAAAAUGCUCAACUGAUGUUUAAAACUAUAAAAACGAUCCAAUCUCGUGUGACGGGUGUUAAUAAGAGUAUUAAUUUAAUGUAUUUCACUAAUAGUCCCUCCUUUUAAUUUUUGUGCAUUUGUUUUACAUCAGUUUGUUUAGAAAUAUGUUCGAAUUUAGUUUUUACUUUAUUUGUGUUGUUUAAUGAAAGAAGUUUUAUAUUUGUUUGGCGCGCUAUGUCACUUCCGGUUACCACGCUACGCCACUUCCGGUUGCCGCGCUGUGUCCUCAGUCCGCAUUGAGCGCGCUGAGGAGAGGUGAGCAGUUAUUGGUGCUCCUAGGAAAAUCGUUCUAAAAGUUGUUGGAUGUUUUAAAUAAGCUUUUAAUAUGCAAUGGUAUUGUUUGUAAGAGUGUUCUAUAUUAACUAGGAAGUAUUUUUUCUUUGCGUGGAUGGAUGAAAUUAAUAGUUUUUACUGAGCACAGUUGAUUGAGUGUGUGUGUGUAUAAGUAUGUAUGCAAAACACCGUGAUUUCGACUGAUCAUCUAACUGCAAUUUAUUUGUUAGGUGGGGAAAUUUACAAGCAAAAUCAUAUCUCAUUGUGCUGUUUUCUGAUCCAUCCAGGUAUUUUUGAUGCACAUUUGUUCUUAUUUGAGUUUGCAUUUGUUUCUAAAUUGCAUUAAUUGCUAAUAUGAAGUUAGAUAGAGAAAGAUUAAUUGACAUCACAAUGUAUGGAACUGUAAUCAUUUGUUAUUUUUAUUUAUUUUCAUUUUUGUACACUUUCGUGAUGUUUACCCAGAGUAUGAUGUAAUUGUUAUGUUUGCUGAGUCCGCAUUGAGCGCGCUGAGGAGAGGUGGGGAAAUUUACAAGCGAAAUCAUAUCUCAUUGUGCUGUUUUCUGAUCCAUCCAGGCUGCUCUGGCCUGACUUUUGAGUGUCAAUAAACCCACCAUCAGCAACAGUA